GGAGCCGGCGCUGUCGUGGUUGCCUUUACUACUCGGGCACAGUCGAGCUGACUGGACUCUCCAAGGGGUCGCCAUCCCGAAGCUGCGGAAGCUUGGGUUCCCAGCCUGACGCGAAUAGAGCCCGAGUCCCAAUCCCAGAGGGAAUCGCUCUCCGCAGACCAGUGGGACCCCGAAACUUGAACGCAAACCCCCUUUUCAAGCCUUUGUCACUUCCCCGGCUUUCUCCCAACGCGUUCUUCUUCUUCUUUUUUUUUUUUUUUCCCUCCUUCCUCUCCAUUCUCUCUUCUCCGAAGGACACAAAAGUGGCUUCCGCUGAAAGAUUAGGAGGCGGUGGGAGCUUUUCCCUUUGGAGAGCGAUUGUGUAGGAAGGAUUUUCGGGAAGCUGCUUUUUAACACCACUGCUCUUUGCUUUCCGAGCUUCCCUGUAACCCUCUGAGGUAAAAACCCCGUAGCUCGAAAGUUCGGGGUAUUUUGUUGGGUGCUUUAGGAGGAGAGAAGGGGAGGACCUUGUCCUCAUCCCAGUAGUUUGGCUGGACUUGUACUGGCCGUUGGAAACCCCCAAGUACAUUUCCGUGUGGAACUUUUGCAAAUAUAUAUUUAGAUUUUUAAAUAUCAGAUAAAAGAUAUAUAUGCUUUUUAUAUAUUUCCUGACGACCUGCCCCUGACAGCGCGAUGUACAAUACGGUGUGGAGUAUGGACCGCGAUGACGCAGACUGGAGGGAGGUGAUGAUGCCCUAUUCGACAGAACUGAUAUUUUAUAUUGAAAUGGAUCCUCCAGCUCUUCCACCAAAGCCACCUAAGCCAAUGACUUCAGCAGUUACAAAUGGAAUGAAGGACAGUUUCGUUUCUCUUCAAGAUGCAGAGUGGUACUGGGGAGACAUUUCCAGGGAAGAGGUAAAUGACAAAUUGCGGGACAUGCCAGAUGGUACCUUCUUAGUUCGUGAUGCCUCAACGAAAAUGCAGGGGGAUUAUACAUUGACUUUGAGGAAGGGAGGAAAUAAUAAAUUAAUAAAGAUCUAUCAUCGGGAUGGUAAAUAUGGCUUCUCUGAGCCCCUGACGUUUACUUCUGUGGUGGAGCUCAUUAACCACUAUCACCAUGAGUCUCUUGCUCAGUACAAUCCCAAACUCGACGUGAAGCUGACGUACCCAGUAUCCAGAUACCAACAGGAUCAGUUGGUAAAAGAAGACAACAUUGAUGCAGUAGGUAAAAAUCUGCAAGAGUUCCACUCUCAGUAUCAGGAGAAGAGCAAAGAGUACGACAGGCUGUACGAAGAGUAUACGAGGACAUCGCAGGAAAUACAAAUGAAGAGGACUGCCAUUGAAGCCUUUAAUGAAACAAUUAAAAUAUUUGAGGAGCAGUGUCAUACCCAAGAACAACACAGUAAAGACUAUAUUGAGCGGUUUCGCAGAGAGGGGAAUGAGAAGGAGAUUGAGCGAAUUAUGAUGAAUUAUGAUAAAUUGAAAUCACGUCUUGGUGAGAUUCAUGAUAGCAAAGUGCGUCUUGAGCAGGACUUGAAGAAACAAGCUUUGGACAACCGGGAAAUUGAUAAAAAAAUGAAUAGCAUCAAACCCGACCUGAUUCAGCUGCGUAAGAUCCGAGAUCAGCACCUUGUAUGGCUCAAUCACAGAGGAGUGAGGCAGAGGCGCCUGAAUGCCUGGCUGGGGAUCAAGAAUGAGGACUCGGAUGAUGCAGACGGGGAAGUGAAGCACUGUGUCAUCUACAGCACGGCUCGAGGAUAUGGCUUUGCAGAACCCUACAACCUGUACAGCUCACUGAAGGAGCUGGUGCUCCAUUACCAGCAGACAUCCCUGGUUCAGCACAACGACUCCCUCAACGUCAGGCUCACCUACCCUGUCCAUGCACAGAUGCCUACACUCUGCAGAUAAGCCGAGUGGAAGAGACAUGCUCUCUAGCAGUUUUUUCCUAUGGUUUUUAUUAGACUACGAUGAGGGCAUUCUUUCAACGUAGACUGCUUGUUUUGCACAAGUGAUUCUGUGAAUGUGAAAUGGAGAGGCCAAGCAGUAGCUUGGAUUUAGAGAGAAGUGAGGGGCCCAGGUCUCUGGCCUCGGCUGUGCUGCUGCCCUGAUGGACUAAGCUGGAAGCAGAUAUUGGUUUAUACUGGUUUCAUGGGGUUAGGGUUUGUUGUCAGGCACCUUUAAAAGAACAGCUAAGACUUUUUGUGGGUUGGGGUGGGGGUUUAUUUGGAAGUUUCGGAAGAGUCCACAUCCCUUUGUCCUCAACCCUAAGAAUGCAGCAGGUCACAGUUCUGCUGGGAGUUGUUUUGAUUUGAUAGUCUCUUCCCCUUUCUCCCAAAUAAGGAGCCGAUUUUGGCUCUGUGGUAAAAUGGGAUUUGGUUUGGAGGGAAAAACAACCAAAGGAAAAUAGGGAGGUAUGGGAUUACAUUUUCAGAAUCUAAACCAAGGAGGCAGAAGACCCCUUCAGUUGAUGUUACUUCAAUUUUACCAACAUAAUCUAGGCUUCAGCAUCUUCACCAACUCCUCCCUCUAAAGCACUAUGUUCAUAAACCAACAAAGCAGCGUUGCCAGACCAAGGUCUAAGGGGAGGACAGGAGAAGCUGAAUGUACACUUUUGUACCAAAACUUGAAAGAAGACUAGAAAUGUGAGUUUCAACAAACACUAAAAUUGGUCAGUGUGUUCCUUUUGCUCUGGCCUUGUUUCUCAGAUGAGGAAUAGAAUUAUUUUGUGGAAAUAGUAAGCUUUGAGUCAUAAUGAAGUUGGUGCUUGUGUGGUGUUUCUCUAAAGAAAUGUUUGAAACCCUUGUAAGUUGUUUUAUGAGUAAAGAAAAGGUGCAAUCCAGUGCUUUUAGAUGGCUUGAUAUACCAAAUAAUGAUAGAGAACAACAUUGUUGUGUGCUUCCUCAAGUGUAAAAGCCUUGCCAAAACUACACAAGGAUUAAUUUGCCUUCAUCUCCCCUUCCUUUUUUGGAUAGGGUUUAGGGAGCCAUAAGCAGCUAAAGGAGGACUUGAGUUGUUGUCAGAGAGCUCAGUAAAUCACAGGCCAUGAGCCCUGGCAUCCACAGUGAAGGGUCCAUCACAUCACAUGUUAUUCUAUACUAUACUGUGGUUGAAGCUUUUGCCAGAAGAGGGGAUAGCAUGGAGUUCAUUCAGAUUAUCUGGAAAAAUAAUCCACAAGCUUUCCUGCUGCCCUUUUUGUGAGCCUGCUGUUAAGGCAGUGUGCACAGCCUGUUCUCAUGCUUCCAUGGCUGUGGUUUGCCUUCCAGCUAAGUGAAGUUAGAGGAGAGGGCAGGCAUCUAUUUAUGACUUCACACUCAAUUUAAGAGUUCAGCUGCUUCAGAGUCAGUCCUGGAGCCAUAACAGGCUCAGUAUGACUCAGCUUGAGCCCAGUAAUGUGCAGUCAGGCAGUCUAGACAAGCAGCCUGUGCCUGGGUCAUUAGGCUUACAAUCAGGGAAGAUGAAGUUUGGGGGCCAAAAUAAAGAUGACUAUGACUUUCCCUGAGCACUUCCUUUGGUGACAGUGUCUAGAAUGAACCACAGUAUAGAGAUAGGUCAAAAGUUUUGGAUAAUUGUUGUCACAGUUGAGGAUAGGGCAUGUCAUUGAUGGCUUUUUCUUGUUCAUGCUCUAGAGUGAAACGGGAGAUUGACCACCCUCAGCCACUGUGUAAGGCCUUUUUCAAAAUUGCCAGCUUGAAAUCUUGCUCAGUUUACCAAGUAAUUCCAGGCUAUUGGUUGAUUGGCAUACCUGUGUGACUUUGUACUGAACUUGCUGAUGCAGUUAUAUGCUCAAGAUUAGGUGUGAGGAAUCCCUCUGAUCCAGCACUAAAAUUUUAGUAUGUCCUGAAUGCCUUUCAAAAAAAAAAUCUCUUCCAAGAAAGUCAAAACGAUAAAAUAUACAGCUUUAGUGUUGAAUAAUGUCUUUACCUUGUAGGCAGACAUGGAAGGUAUGCAGAGGAAAGCAGCAUUUUAGCAUCUACGCCUGGGCUGGACAUUGGAGAAAGGCGGUUUUUCAGUCCUAUAUUCUUUCCCUUUGAGUAACCACUUUGUGGGAUCUGAGACCAGGGAUCAUUUAAUAAAUCGGAAGCUAUCUUUUUUCUGCCAAGUUACUACAUGAUUUAUCUGAUCCUGAGCUGUGCAAAUGGCAUAAGGAGCAGUCUCCUAACAGUGGCCCUGCUGUCUGAGGGAGUCAUCAUGGCUUGGAAGCAGGUAUUGGACUUCUUCCCAAGGCUAGCUCAAAGUUCUGUCUCAUGAUCUAGACCCUGGGACUAUCUCUUUUGGCAUCUUAACUGUAGUCUCAUUGACCAAUGCAGAGGGUAGAGACAAAUUAAAACCAUAGGGGCAGACCAGCCAGCCCCAGCAGGAAAGCAGCUUUGGGUUAGCUAGAUACAUUUUUAAAAAUAAAAACAAAACAAAACGAAACUAUUUCCACCUGGCAUAGUUCAGCAUAGGUAGUUUAUGUUCUUGUCACUGCUCCAGCAAUAGAUGAAGACAUCCUACAGCUCCACCCUAAGACACACGCUCUCCACAUUUACUUCAGACCCAAGUCCGUGUGGCAUCUUCCUUGUGUCCUUCUCUGCAAGGUACCAGCUCCACCCAUUCUCCGGAAACUUAAGAAAAAAAUGUACUUGAGCAAUUUCUGAUUUCUAGGAUGAUCUCUACUGCCAGUUAGAUCUUUGUGAGGUUUCCCUGACAUCAUACACCAGAGGUCCAUUCUUGGUCCUUUGCUGCCAACUGCUCAUUCUUGACUUAGCUCUAGCCAUUUGUGACAACCAUUUGUUUCCUUACAAAUCCUCGCAUGUAACUUUGGUACUCUUGUUGUUUCUUGUGAAGAAUCUAUUCUGUUGUCUUUGAUGUAAUAAAAAAAAUUCAUGUAGUUUAUGUAAAAAUAACUGACUCAGAAGGAAGCCAACUGUGUCUUGUGUUGGAACAAUUCAUAAUGUAAUUUCUAGACCACUUUUGCAAAUUGUUCUUGUCACCAAAUGUGUUCAGACAUUGCUGUGCAGUUGUGGGGAAGGGGUGGGGGGAAGGUAAGGUGAGAACAUUGUUGGGGCCUUUUCUUUUUUUUAACCUUCUCCAAAACUUGGAAUGGUCGGCAGACUUACUCCAGAUGCAAUAAAGACAUUGCAGUGAA